ACUAAAAUUCUAAAUUAAACACAAACAGUCCCUCAAUUUUUUUCCAAACUCCAAAAUGGAAACAACUCUCACUCUUCUUACAAUUCUUCUCCUCAGCUUUUGCUUCUUUCAUGUCUCCAUUUCAUCUACUGAAUUACCUAUCGGAAUACAUCCUCUAGAUGAGAAGUACUAUGCUUCAAAUGUGAUUAAAUGCAAAGAUGGGACUAAUUCAUUUACUAAAGAUCGGCUUAAUGAUGAUUUUUGUGAUUGUAUUGAUGGAACUGAUGAACCUGGAACGGCUGCCUGUCCGGCUGGAAAAUUUUAUUGCAGAAAUGUAGGCAGUACGCCUAAAUUUCUGUUCUCUUCUCGCGUGAAUGAUGAUAUUUGUGAUUGUUGUGACGGAAGUGAUGAGUAUGAUAGCAAUGUUGAUUGCCCCAAUACUUGCGUAAUGGGUGGGGAUUUUUCUUAUAAAAAACGAAGUUAUCGCUUAAGAAGAAAACAUCUCGAUCUAAUCGGUGGAAAAAAUGCUAACGGGGUCAAUAUGGAUGACUCGGCUCAGAGACUGCAAGGUCUGAAGAUACUGGUACUUGUACAGGUGGUACUUAUCAUUAUUUUUCUGGUUUCCCGAAAAUUAUAUCGGCGAUCCAGGUCUAAAAGAAGACAUUUGCGUUGAGAAUUGAUCCCAUGAUUACUGUUAUUAUCACAGUAUGUUCUCAGAAAGUUUCUCAGUUCCUCUCUGUCUUUCAUUGUCUCCCAACCACAUGAGUAUUUGACCUAACUUCGGAAUGCAGUAGUGCUCCGUAGGCAUAAUUGUAUGUCUAAGAAAUGGCUGCAACCUGAAGGUCCGACUUGAUUGUUGACGUUCUUCUUUUAAUGAUUCUUACAUACAUCUAUCUGGUGAUGGGAUUUUAACAGCUAUUAAGCUCUGCCCCUGUGAAGUUUUGAGUAUCUCGGUUGUUCGAAUUGACAUGUGAGUUGCAUAGUGCAGUGAAUCUAUCCGCCUUCGAGCUCAUUGCAUUGGGCAUGUAUAGAAAAUCAGUUUUGUAUCUAUUUGUAUGCUCUAACUACUUUGUCUAUGACAUCAUACAAUCUGAAAUUGUAUAUCGUGUUUUUAAGAUUUUCUGCAAAUGCAUAUAUAGAAAAGGGGCCUUGUAAGUUGUAAUUAGCAAGAUUGGAGCUUCUCCUAUUGGUUUUGAAAGCUAUCGACUUU